UCCUUUCCCUGGGCGCGCGGCGGCGGGGCGGCGGCGGCGGCGGCGGCGGCGGUGGCGGCCUGCGAUCGCGGACCCGGAGCCGAGGACCAGCCGGGGCCAGCCCUGCGGUGCGGACCCAGCAUGAAUGAAGUUCCCUGCAAUAAACGUGAUGACUAUUUGGAAUGGCCUGAGUAUUUCAUGGCUGUGGCCUUCUUAUCAGCACAGAGAAGCAAAGAUCCAAAUUCACAGGUCGGAGCGUGCAUCGUGAAUGCAGAAAACAAGAUUGUCGGCAUCGGGUAUAACGGGAUGCCAAACGGGUGCAGUGAUGACCUGUUGCCUUGGAGCAGGACGGCGGAGAGCAAGCUGGAUACCAAAUACCCUUACGUGUGCCAUGCCGAGCUGAAUGCCAUCAUGAACAAAAACUCAGCUGAUGUGAAAGGCUGCACUAUGUAUGUGGCCUUGUUCCCCUGUAAUGAAUGUGCGAAGCUCAUCAUCCAGGCAGGUAUAAAAGAAGUUAUUUUCAUAUCUGAUAAAUACCAUGAUAGUGAUGAGAUGACGGCCGCGAGGCGCCUGUUUGAUAUGGCUGGGGUGGCCUUCAGGAAAUUCACACCAAAGUGCAGCACGAUUGUCAUUGACUUUGAUUCAAUUAACAACAAACCGAGCCAGAAGCUUCAGUGAGUUACAUCUCAUUACAUCUCCAAAAGAUUGGGAUUAUCCUCUUCUAAGAAGCUGCUAAUGCCUUUCAUCUUGAAGUUACACAUAACUUUUUAAUAGCCAGUCCAGCAAAAGUAGACAUCUAAAGAAUGUAAAGCCUCAAAUCUUCCCGACUGUCUCUCUUGUCACAUGGAAUGUGCAUCUGUUUAAACUAUUGAUUUAGGGUUUAAAAUCAAGGAGCCUGUAGAUGGCCUGUCGCUCAGGGCUGGCGUGGGGUGCCUCCCCCUGUGUCUCCUGGUUUGCUGGGACGCUGGUGGCAUGAGACGGCCACUCCUCACUGCUAAGGUGCUGGAAGGACAAAUAAAUAAUUGUUGUUGUGUUCCUGGCAGGAUGAACAGACGCACUGAUUUGAACAUCUGGCCCAAAUGAAGCAUAACGUGUAGUGCCCUGGGGAAAAAAAAACAGGACCCCCAUGACAGGUGCGAAUGCAGACGUAUUGGCUUUAGGACGUGGAGGGAAACCGCCACCCACCCCAAAAUCCUAGACAGGAUGGCACAGCUCUCCUGAGGAAGGAUGAGCACAGCUGAGCCCGGGGCAUAUUCUCUGCUUCUGCUGUCCUGCUGCCCACAGGGGUGGUGGCACGUUCUGCUUCCGGAAGUGGGGACCCCUGUUGGUUUGGGCCCCACGCGGAGCUCUUACGUUACUUUAUCUGAAUAAUGAGUUGUUCCCGGCACAGACAGCCUGUCUCCCCUUGUUGCCCCCAAGACCAUGGCUGCUGGGGCAGCAGGGUCGUGUGGAUGGAGAUGGCGCGUGCACCUGCCCCUUCUACCACGUGGAAGAGUCACUGCUCCUCCGUGUGCCCACACGGUGCAUGUCUAAGGCUGCUCAAGCAGGGAGUCGAUUAAUUCCUACCCUGGAAGUGAGAUGUGAGAAGUUCAGCCUGCCUCGCGGUGGUUUAUUCCAGGUCUGUUGGUAAUGGGAGCUCAUCUGUGCUCCUGGCACUGUGUCUUCAGCAGCACAGAGCUCGCCUUCCCAGUCACUGCGGCUCGGGGAUGUGGCUCGGUGCGCCUCAUCUUUAAUCUCCCUUAAUUUUUAUUAAACGUGCUCAGUAGCUUUGUUGAGAAAAUGGGUUCUUUAUCCUAAAGAUUAUUACCGUUCUCAAGUGCUCUUAUGUUUUCAUGAGUUUUUAUUUUGUCUCUGAGGUUUUGUACUCCAUAUUCUAGGGCGUUUUGUAAUUUGGCUCCUUACCAAUGUUAUUACAAUGUUAUUAAAAUCUACCACACAGAAGUA